AUGUUUUUACAGCGAGAAAAAAUCGUUGGUUGCUACUAUACAGUAAGCUUGCCAAGUGAUGAUUAUUUCUUGCUGGAAGUAAAAGACAUCGAUACGUCUCUUUGCUCUCAUAUAUAUUACAAUUUCGCUUCGAUUAGUGCAAACGCUUCUAUUAUAAUUAAUGAUCCAAAUGCAGCUACAGAAGAAGGAGGACUCAAACAGUUCAACGAUCUUCGGAAAAAGAACCCAAUGUUGAAAACCUUAGGUACAAUGGAAUGCAAUGAAUUUACAAUGACAUCUGCGGACAAUAUUAACAAUGCGCCAUUGACUGAUCCAAAAUUACGGCAGAAACUUGUUAGUAAUAUUGUCAACUAUACCAAAAAAUACAGAUUCAAUGGUGUAGAUAUCAAUUACUCAGAUCUACCUCAACAUGGUGGACAUCCUGCUGAUAAGGAAAAUUUCGUUCUACUCUUAAAGGCACUCAGAGAAAGAUUCGAUAAAGAAAAUCUUAUUUUAUCUGUAGCAGUGGAUCCUAAAGAAGCGACAGCUAAGAUAUUAUAUGAUAUUAAAGGAAUAUCCAGAUACGUGAACUUUAUAAAUUUAAAAACUUUCGGCUUUCACGGAAGCUCUGAUGCGGACAAGAAAGAUGGUGUUGGCCAUAAUAGUCCAUUGUAUCCUUCAUCAAAGGAAAAUGCGAAGGAACGCAAAAAAAAUAUUGAUUAUGUUGUAAAAUACUGGAUUUCUCAAGGAGCUCCACGAGGAAAGUUAAUACUAGGAACUGCUUCUCACGGAACAUCCUACACUUUAGCUAACCCAAAAAAAUUUGGUAGAGGCGCACCAUUUACUAAGGAAGGAAAGUUUGGUAAUCAGAUGACAUAUUUUUCAUUUUGUUACAUGAUAAAAACAUGGAAUUAUUUCUACGACCCAGAACAGCAAGUACCGUAUAUUCACAAGGGGCAUGAAACUAUAACCUAUGAUGAUGUUCGUUCCAUCAAGGCGAAGGCUAAAUAUGUUCAGGACAUGCAUCUUGGAGGUGCGAUGUUGUAUAAGAUAGAUCACGACGAUUACAGGGGAGAUUGUGGAGAAAAGUUCCCACUUCUGAAGACAUUAAAUCAAGUCCUCAGAAAUGAAUGCUAA